CGAAACCUAAUUAACAGCAGUUUGACAAACUCAACAUUUAUAGUAAACAUUAAAUAACACAACACAAGUUUUACAAACGCAACAAAUUAAACAUAAACUCUCAAAACCAGUUAAAUAAAAUAAAAUAAAUGAACUGCAAGCAAGCAAUAAAGUAGAUUUAAAUGAAAAGCCACAAAGAAACUUAAAGCCAUUGGAAACCAGCCAUACAAUCGAUCCAGAAAAUUAAAAAAAUCAGCACAAACCAAACAGCAACUCCACUCUUCGCCUGAAAUUCAAAUUCCCCGCCAAGCGAGCACACUGCGCAACACUCGAGCGCUGCAUCCCUGGACUUCCGCCGCAUUCCAACACUGCAGGACUGUCAGCUGUCAGUUUUCCUGUGUGUGUGUGCGCGCGUGAGUGUGUGCGUGCACUUAAGAAACUUAAAUUCGCGUUCUUGGCCAAAAAACCCGGGUUGUUAAUAAGUUAUAGCGUUUCCCUCGACUGAGAACUUGGCCCCCAGGCAGCCGGGCACGAAAACCGCCCCAGAAACGCGUCCGCCGCAGCCGAGAAGGCCCAAAACGCCAGCGAAACGCGCGCGUUGAGUGUUUUCUGUGUGGUUUUAUUUUUGGAAUAUAAAGCGAUCUGAUCUGAAAAGUGUGCCGCGGCCGGAUUCUAGAUAUUCAGAUUCCCAGCACCCGAAACCCAAACGCAAUAAUAGACGCGCGCGGUGCCUUGGAUCUCUACGGCUCCACGGUGGAGAACUUUUACCUCAGAAUGGAUCCGACGCGAGGUGACUCGCGGUACAAUCUCAACUACUCGAUGAGUAGCAUCGGGCUGAGCCUGGCGGAUCCGGCGGACAUGUACGGCAACCCGGCCCUGGGUGCGGGCCGUCCGCCCUCCGGCGGCCUGCUCCAGAACAUGGGCGGGGUUCCGCCGAUGCAGCGCCCCAAUCCCGCGGCAGGAGCACCCCCUGCCCCCCAAUGCCAAACGCUCCACAGCCCACAGCACGCCUCCCAGCAGCAGCAGCAACAGCAGCAGCAGCAGCAACAACAGCAGCAGCAGCAACACCAGCAGCAGCAGCAACAGCAGCAACGCGGCCUCAAGCGCUCCGGCAGCGACUGCUACGAGGAUCACCACCGCUCCUCCGGCGGCCUCACCCUCCAAGGACUGGACAGCGUGGCCAGCGGUGCCGUCGACGACAGCGUGGACAACUACAACCCGCUGCCCAACAAGAAGUCUCCGCCCGCCAACGGCAAAAAGACAAAGGGACGUGUCAAAAUCAAAAUGGAAUACAUCGACAACAAGCUGCGUCGCUACACGACCUUCUCCAAGCGCAAAACGGGCAUCAUGAAGAAGGCCUACGAGCUGUCCACGCUGACCGGGACGCAGGUGAUGCUGCUGGUGGCCAGCGAGACGGGCCACGUGUACACAUUUGCCACGCGCAAGCUGCAGCCGAUGAUCACCUCGGAGGCGGGCAAGCAGCUCAUCCAGACCUGCCUCAACUCGCCGGAUCCGCCCAGCGUGGGCGGCGGCGACCAGCGGAUGUCGGCCACCGGGUUCGAGGAGACGGAGCUCAGCUACAACAUCGCCGACGAGGACUCGAAAGAUGACCGAUCGCCUACCUCGUCGGGCAACGAGUCGGAUGAUUCGUCGGACGUGGAGAUGCCGUUGGAGGCGGCUGAGGUGGCAACCAAGCUGCCGGCCAGCAAAACAGAGGUAUCAGCGCCUCCAGCUGCCUCAUGCUCGGCGGCCACCGCGUCCUCUGGCCCCAAAACCAUGCCAGCAUUGAACUACCAGACUGAGACCAACAGCGGACCCUCGACGUCCACGGCCGCCGGAGGAGCAGCCUCGGCGGACAGCAAGUACGUCUACUCAGCUGCCUCGAUUGCCAACAUACCGCAGAAGAUGCUGAGGCAGCUCAUCCAGUCGGGCCACUUGCAGGUGCACGCCGAAGAGGAUGGCAACCAGUAUGUGACCAUACCACUGAGCUCCACGGCAGCGAACCUGAUAAAGAGCAACAAGCUAACAGCCUCCGGAUCGGGAGCCCCAGGAUCAGGAACGCCAGUCAAGAACGAUGCGAGUGCCAGUGCCGACAAGCCGUUGACCAUCAAACAGGAGUUCGAUUAGCCCCCAGCCACGCCCACUGCUUAUCCACCACUGAGAACUGCGUUUAUCCACACUUGCCACACACCAUCUGGGAAAUCAUCAGCAGGAGAUUACCAUUACUCCAUACCCACUACUCUCUUAAAGUCUAUCCAAAGUUUUCGCGUCAUCAGCCGGGGAUGACGAUCGCCUGCUACGUCUAAGUCAUACUAUAUCUACUAUACCGAUACCGAUACCGAUACCGUAUAUAUACUAUUUUUUAUACCUAUACAAGAAGAAGUGAAGUGAACACCCUGAGCUGGUAUCCAAGAUGCCAGCGGCAUAUCUACAUACGUAAGUUUUAAAAGUUUUGCAAGUUAUACAACAACAUACGUGCAGGCAUCUGCUGAAAUCGAGAUGAAUUAUGAUCGAUGAUUGUAUGAGAAAUGGAAAACGAGGAUGAUAUGGAUGUUCCUAAAUCGCAGAGAUCAUGUUGCUUUGUUACUAGUUUAUAUUGUUUUAUUAUACAAUACAUAAAUACAUAUAAACCAACUUUUUUUGCAUAAAACCAAAAA